CGGAGUGGUUCUUUCCGGUAAUGGUAGCAGCAGCAUGGUGAAGCAAAGCUCGGCGUGGAAAAACAACAACAGCGACUUUUUUCUGGAUUUAAGUGGUUACUGUUUCUUAACAGCCGCCUGAAGUUUGAGUUCUUACGAUUUUAAACCGGACACGUUGAAGAAAACAAAACAUUUAGUUUCAAAAUGCCUCAUCGGAAGAAGAAAUCGUUCAUAGAAAAGAAGAAGGCUGUGACAUUUCACCUCGUCCACAGAAGUCAGAGGGACCCCCUUGCAGCAGAUGAGAAAGCCCCACAGCAUGUCCUCCUUCCAGCAGCCAAGGUGGAUACAGAGAAGAGACAGGAGGAGCAGAGGGAGUUUGGCGUUUUCUUCGACGAUGACUACGAUUACCUGCAGCACCUGAAGGAGCCGUCGGCCACUUCUGAAUGGGUGGCGGCUGGACCCUCACAAAUGAAUGUCCUUGAUGAGGAAGAGGAGGAGGAUGAGAAGGACACAGACAAUGCCCUCCCUACAUCCUCCAUCAACCUGCCAUCCUCUGUGUUCGCCUCGGAGUUUGAAGAGGAAGUUGGGCUUCUGAACAAAGCUGCUCCGAUCUCAGGGCCGCGUCUGGACAUGGACCCUGACAUCGUGGCUGCUCUGGAUGAAGACUUUGACUUUGACAACCCUGACAACGUCCUUGACGAUGAUUUUAUCAUGAAAGCUAACAGUUCAGGUGGAAAGCUCAACUUGGAAGGUGAAGACGAUGAUGAUGAAGAGUGGGAGGACACAGACGAAGAGGGCGAUUUUGACUCUGAAGGUGGCUUGUCCGGUGACGAGGAGGAGGGCGGCCGGGGCCGUGAGUUUCUGUUCAUGGAUGAGGAGACGAAGAGUCGAUUCACUGAGUACUCCAUGACAUCGUCUGUGAUGAGGAGGAACGAGCAGCUUACUCUGCUGGACGACCGCUUUGAAAAGUUUUUUGAACAGUUUGACGACGAUGAGAUUGGCGCUCUCGAUAACGCAGAGCUGGAAGGAUUCAUUGAACCGGACAGCGCUCGCCUGGAAGAAAUUAUUAAAGACUACUUCAUACAGAAAGAAAAGGAAUACCUGAGACCUGAUGACCUGGGUCCCAAAGAAUUACCUUCCCUAAAGGAAGAGGAAGAUGAGGAGGAGGAGGAGGAAGAGAUGGAGACUGUUGUUGUGGAGGCUCCAGAAGAAAAGUGGGACUGUGAAACUAUCAUCAGUACAUAUUCCAACAUAUACAACAGACCCAAGGUCAUUGCGGAGCCCCAAAAGCUGAAGCCAAUCCGUGUGUCCCAGAAGACGGGAUUCCCUCUUGAGGUCCUUCCUGCCAGAGGUCCAACCACCAAGCAGGCGGAGCGCAUGACCAGGAUCAACGACAUAGACCUGCCUCGAGUCUCCACACAGCCCCGAGAAAAGGACGAGAGCAAAGAGGAGAGAAAGGCAAGGAAACAAGCCAUCAAAGAAGAACGCAAGGAGAGGAGAGUGGAGAAGAAAGUAAACAAGAUGGCGUUCAAAGAAGAAAAAGUCAGACAGGAGAAGCAGAUGUUGAGCCUGAGAACAAACGUUCAGGGCCUGAAGCUUUAGCAGCCUCUCCCCCUGCAGACUGUUAUUGUUGAAUGCUUCAUCAGGGGAUCAAGCUGCUCUUCACUUCAGAUGAGCUAACAGGACGAUAAAAUCAUCCCCAAAACAAGAGGACAAACGGGGUGCUCAGACUCUUGGGAUUCUUCUAGUCAUCAAGAGAUAAAGUUCUUUUAACUCAAAUUAUAUGCAAGAAGUUUGAGUACAGUAAACUAACAACAGUUAGUAAUCCAGGAGUACUGAAGGCUGGGUAAUAAAACGCUUUUCUGAACACACAGUAUUUCAAACUUCUGAUCCAAAAGCUUGCAUUCAAAUUGGUUUUUUUUUGUGAUAACUUUGUUUUAUCAUCAUCUGUUCAAAUCCUGAUAUAAAACCUAAAACUUGGGCAAAUUUAGAGAAUGUUUUCUUUUGUUGCUGCUCAGUGUUGAAAGAAGCUCAAAAAUGUUGCACAAUUCUGAUACUGGAUAAGUUUAAACUGAUCAAGGUAUACACUUUUAAAGUAACCAAAUCAAGAAAAACCAGUGCUAUAAAGGAGACUUCACAAUACAGACUUUGGCCACAGGGGGCACCAAUAACUGAAAAAUCCUUGCAAUUACUUUAAAUUUAGUAUUUAGGGAUUCUUUAGUUUUGAUUUUUCAAAGAUUGAUCUUGUUUUUUUUUUUGUCAUUAUUUGUGAUAGGACAGCUAAAGAUGGACAGGAAAUGUCAGGAGAUAGGAGUUGUUUCACUACCACUGCCUACAUAUGUUAUUUAGUUAGGGUUAGCUCAGAUCUAACACAAUCUAAUGAAGAAUGUCACCUGUAGAAUAUGUUCACAAAAUGGUGACACACCUAAUCAUUUCAUGCACACAAGAAAGACACACCCCUUAAUAAACCUGUUUUACAGGUUGCAGGUCACCUGACAGUUAAUAGUCUGUGUUGAGACUGAUGAGUUAAGGUAAGGUUGAAAGGUAUUUAUAACAUUUACAGGUCUGCUGUCAGGAGGGGAAAGUCCAGAAAUAAUCCACAUGAGAACAACCAGGAAGAGUCUUGACUAAAGGCCCUAAAAUGGUAGAAUGUUUCCAUUUCCUUAUUUUGCCCAUUGGUUUAAGAUGUUUGAUACAUGAAUAAAAAUAUACAAAAAAGAUUCAACGCUUGUA